AAUCAGUCUGUUACAAGACAUAAAAACCUCUGGGAAUUAAUUGGGAUUGAUUGAAUCAGUUUGGGAGAGAAUUGAAAUCUUUAAGAUUUUGAGCCUUCCUAUCUGAGAAGAUGGAUUGUGCACCAUGGACGAUUUUGCCGAGGGAGAUUUCAUUGUAGCGGAUUAUGCCUUGUUAGAACAUUGCCCUUAUGUGGACAAUUAUGUCUUUGCUCCAGAAUUUGUGACUGAUGAUUAUGUUCGGGUGACUCAGCUUUACUGUGAUGGGGUGGGUAUGCAAUAUAAAGAUUAUAUCCAAAGUGAGAAAAAUUUAGAAUUUGACAUCUGCAGUAUAUGGUGUAGUAAACCAGUUUCUGUCCUGCAAGAUUACUGUGAUGCCAUUAAAAUAUACAUCUUCUGGCCACUUCUUUUUCAACGUCAACAUAGUUCUUUAAUAUCACGAUUACAUCCCUGUGUGGAGGCCAACAAUUCUGGUGCUUCUGAGAUAAGUUUGAAGAAAUUACAGUAUCUUGAGUUGAUGGAAGAUAUUGUAGAUUUGGCAAAGAAAGUUGCGAAUGAUUCAUUUCUUAUUGGAGGCUUAUUGAGAAUUGGUUAUAAAAUAGAAAAUAAAAUCUUGGCAAUGGAAGAAGCUUUGAACUGGGUGAAAUACACAGGCGAUGUAACAAUUCUACCUAAAUUAGGAUCACUUGACAAUUGUUGGCCUAUGUUAAGUAUUUUCUUUACUGAAUACAAGUAUCACAUAACUAAAGUUGUAACAGAAAACUGCAAUUUGCUUGAAGAAUUUAAAACUCAAAGUUGUGCGGAGUGUUUAGAGCAAGGAGAACUAAUGAAAAUAAAAGGAAAUGAAGAGUUUGCCAAAGAAAGAUAUGAUAUAGCUAUUAUCUAUUACACCAGAGCCAUUGAAUAUAGACCUGAAAACCACCUUCUUUAUGGUAACCGAGCUCUUUGUUUUCUCCGUACUGGACAAUUCAGAAAUGCACUUGGUGAUGGAAAGAGAGCUACUAUUCUGAAAAACACUUGGCCAAAGGGUCAUUAUCGUUAUUGUGAUGCUCUUUCUAUGCUGGGGGAAUAUGACUGGGCCCUGCAAGCAAACCUAAAAGCUCAAAAACUCUGUAAAAAUGACCCUGAGGGAAUCAAGGAUCUAAUUCAGCAGCAUGUAAAGUUACAAAAACAAAUAGAAGACCUCCAAGGUCGAACACCAACAAAGAAUCCAAUUAAAGCCUUUUACGAAAGCAAGGCCUACACACCUAGGAGUUUGUCAGCACCUACAUUUAGUACUUCACUUAACUUUGUGGAGACUGAAAGAGAUUUCAGAAAAACUAACCACGAAAUGGCAAACGGUCGUAAUCAGAAUCUAAAGGUGGAAGAUAAGGCUUUUAAGGUAGAUGAUUGUGACUGUCAUCCUGAAUUUCCAUCACCAUCUAGUCAGCCUCCAAAACAUAAAGGAAAACAAAAAUCCCGAAAUAAUGAAUCAGAGAAGUUCAGUUCUAGCUCACAUUUGACUUUACCAGUAGAACUGAAAAACAUCUUGGAGAAACAGUUUUCUAAAUCGUCCAGAGCAGCACACCAGGAUUUUGCUAAUAUUAUGAAAAUGCUGAGAAGUUUAAUCCAAGAUGGUUAUACAGCCUUGCUGGAGCAGCGUUGCCGCAGUGCUGCACAGACCUUCACAGAGUUGCUGAAUGGGUUAGAUCCUCAAAAGAUAAAGCAACUGAACCUGGCCAUGAUUAACUAUGUCUUAGUAGUCUAUGGACUUGCCAUUUCUCUCCUGGGAAUAGGACAGCCCGAGGAGUUAUCUGAAGCUGAAAACCAGUUUAAGAGGAUUAUUGAACACUACCCCAAUGAAGGACUUGAUUGCUUGGCCUACUGUGGAAUUGGAAAAGUAUAUUUGAAAAAAAACAGAUUUCUGGAAGCGCUUAAUCACUUUGAGAAAGCAAAAACCUUGAUUUAUCGCCUUCCUGGAGUGUUAACUUGGCCCACAACUAAUGUGAUUAUCGAAGAAUCUCAGCCAGGGAAAAUAAAGAUGCUGUUAGAGAAAUUUGUUGAAGAAUGCAGGUUUCCUCCUGUGCCAGAUGCCAUAUGCUGCUAUCAAAAGUGCCAUGGAUAUUCCAAAAUCCAGAUAUACAUAACUGAUCCAGACUUCAAGGGUUUUAUACGAAUCAGCUGUUGCCAGUACUGUAAAAUAGAAUUUCACAUGAACUGCUGGAAGAAACUGAAAACAACCACCUUUAAUGAUAAAAUUGACAAGGAUUUUCUACAAGGAAUCUGUCUUACCCCUGACUGUGAGGGUAUCAUUUCUAAGAUCAUCAUCUUCAGCAGUGGUGGUCAAGUUAAAUGUGAAUUUGAACACAAGGUCAUAAAAGAAAAGGCUCCUCCAAGACCUAUUCUGAAACAGAAAUGUUCUAGCCUAGAGAAGCUAAGACUGAAAGAAGACAAAAAGCUGAAGAGAAAGAUCCAAAAAAAAGAAGCAAAAAAGUUAGCACAAGAACGAAUGGAAGAGGACCUGAGAGAAAGCAAUCCACCCAAAAAUGAAGAACCAAAAGAAACAGUAGACAAUGUUCAGAAUUGUCAGUUCCUGGAUGACAGAAUUCUACAGUGCAUUAAGCAGUAUGCUGACAAAAUUAAAUCUGGCAUACUGAAUACUUCCAAGCUUCUUAAAGAAUUGCUUUCUUGGAAAGUUUUGAGCACAGAAGACUAUACAACCUGCUUUUCCAGCAGAAAUUUCCUAAAUGAAGCAGUGGACUACGUCAUUCGUCACUUGAUUCGAGAAAAGGAUAGAGUGAAGACAAGGAUAUUUCUGCAUGUUUUAAGCGAGCUUAAAGAAGUGGAGCCCAAAUUAGCCACUUGGAUCCAGAAACUUAACAGCUUUGGCUUAGAUGCCACAGGACCUUUUUUUUCUCGUUACGGAGCAUCUCUGAAGGAGCUUGAUUUUAGCAUCAUGACUUUUCUGUGGAAUGAGAAAUACGGUCAUAAACUCGGCUCUAUAGAAGGAAAGCAACUUGAUUAUUUCUAUAAGCCAACAUCACUGAAGGAAGCACGUGGUUUAAUAUGGCUGCUAGAAGAACACAGAGACAAAUUUCCGGCGUUGCAUAGUGCUUUAGAUGAAUUCUUUGACAUAAUGGACAGCCGCUGCACUGUGUUAAGGAAACAAGACAGUGGUGAAGCGCCGUUUAAUCUUACCAAGGUGAAAAACAAAGGCAAGAAAAAGAAGCCAAAAGAUUCAAAGCCUAUGUUAGUUGGGUCUGGAACAACUUCAGUGACACCAAAUAAUGAGACUGUCACUUCAAGUGAAGACCAUAAUAGACGCAAUUCAGAGUCCUCAGGCCCAUUUGCAGUGCCUGAUCAUCUUCGGCAAGAUGUAGAAGAAUUUGAAGCUCUCUAUGACCAGCACAGCAACGAAUAUGUUGUCCGCAAUAAGAAGCUAUGGGACAUUAACCCAAAACAGAAAUGUUCUACCCUGUAUGAUUACUUCUCUCAGUUGUUGGAGGAGCAUGGUCCCUUGGACAUGAGUAACAAGAUAUUCUCUGAAGAAUAUGAGUUUUUCCCAGAAGAAACUCGACAGAUACUAGAAAAAGCAGGAGGUUUAAAAUCUUUUCUCCUGGGCUGUCCUCGUUUUGUUGUGAUCGACAACUGUAUUGCAUUGAAGAAAGUUGCAUUACGGCUCAAGAAAAAGAGAAAGAAGAAAAACAUUAAAACAAAAGUAGAAGAAAUUUCGAAAGCAGGAGAGUAUUUACGAUUUAAACUACCAUUGAAUCCAACUGUUAGGGAAUUUAGACCUGACGAUAAAUCCAAACCAGUGUCUGAUUUAUCUCCAGCACCAGCUUCUGAGGCUGUGAAGCCCAAACCUACAUCUGCUAAUUGUCCCACACCAGCUUGUGACGACGUGAAGUCCAAACUAGCAUCAGAUACUACUUCUAGGCAAGUUUUUGAGGAUGGAAAACCCAAAGGACUCGCAUGUAAUUCUCCUCAAGUCUCUGAGGGUGCCGAUCAUAAGCAAGUCUCUUCUGAUUCGCCCACACCUGUUCUUCAGGAUUUGAAACCAACCUACUGGACUCAAUCCCAUUUGGUUACAGGAUACUGUACAUAUCUUCCUUUACAGAGAUUUGACAUCCCUCAGACACAGCCGACAUACAUAAAUGUAUUACCAGGUUUGCCCCAGUACACCCGCAUAUAUACUGCUCUGGCCAACGUUUCUUCUCAAUAUCAGCUACAAGGAUCAAUCCCAGUGGUGCCGUCUUUUGCAGCCAAUGACAGAGCAGAUAAAAAUGCUGCUGCAUAUCCGGAGGGACUGCCGUUGAAUAGUGAGGGCGCCACUGGUAACCGUAUUGCCUCUGAAACACAUACACAUGAGGACUCUUUGGGACCGUCUGCAAAGUUACAGUGCAGCACAGGUGAUACUGUUGCAGCCCUGAGUGAGCCUAAAAGAAAAGAUGAGCACUGUGGGAAUUCUAACACCAAAUGCAAAGAAAAUCCAGAAAGUACUAUUGCAGUGACAAAGAUUCCACAUACACAGAUGGUGGCCACACAGGUGUCUUGGAAUGUAACCCACCAAGAAACCAAUACUGAACCAUAUGAUCCUUUUGAGGCACAACAAGGGGAUAUUUCACAAAUUGAAAAGGAGUACCAGGUAUUACAGGAGCAACUUACAGAAGCAUGUGAACAGUAUGAACAGAUAAAACUCAAGGGCUCAGAAGAGACCAAGGACCUGGAAGAAAAGUUGAAAAGGACCAUAGAAGAAAACAAGAUCUCAAAGACGGAAUUAGAGUGGUUCCUGCAAGAUUUGGAAAAAGAAAUUAAAAAAUGGCAGCAAGAGAAAAAUGAAAUCCAAGAAAGACUAAAAGCACUGAAGAAGAAAAUUAAAAAGGUUUUAAAUACCAGUGAAAUGUAUACAGAGAAAAAUAAUGGAAAUGAUACAGAACAUGAAUUACAUCUGGAUCAGUCACUUGAAACCAGCGUUUGCAAUAACACAUUCGCAAAUGAGAAGAUGAAGCUGGAUGAGUGUAUAAAGAAAGGGAAGGAGCAGUGCGAAGAGAGUCACCAAAGAGCUGUGGCUGCAGAGGUAUCUGUGCUUGAAAACUGGAAGGAGAGCAAAGUGUUUAAGCUACAGAUCAUGGAGUCACAAGCAGAGGCCUACCUGAAGAGCCUGAAGCUAGUGAGCAGUGAUUCUGCAGCUCAUCCAAACAUGGAAUCUGAUAUACAUUCAUGGGAAUCCUUUCUUUCUAAUGUUACAAAAGAAAUUGAGAAAGCAAAGUCUCAAUUUGAAGAACAAAUUAAGGCAAUUAAAAAUGGUUCUCAGCUCAGCAAACUUCCUGAAGUGCAGAUCUCUGAGCUUUCAUUUCCUGCCUAUGCCAGGGUUUGUCCCGAGGUAAAUUCCAAGUCAUCACACACUGAUGAUCGAGGGACUGGGACUUCCACAGGCAACGAGACUGGACACCAGACAGCAGCUCACAAGAGUUCGAGUCUGCUUUCUGCUGGUUAUCGCCCAGUUGAAGCUGCUGCUGCACCAUUGCCAGUGUCACCCUCUCAUGAGCGUGAAGUCACUCGGCUGCCAGCACCUAGAAGAGCUGCCCAGGCGGCUCUGUCAAAGCACAGCCCUGAGAUGGAUCAGAAACUACCUGCUCCUCCAGGACAUGCUGCUCGUUCAAGCCAGUCUCCAAAAAAGUCAUUCAACAGUAUUAUUGAGCACCUGUCAGCGGUAUUCCCAUGCCACAGCAGCACUGAGCUUGCUGGUUUCAUUAAAAAAGUACGAAACAAAAACAAGAACUCACUCUCAGGAUUGAGUAUUGAUGAAAUUGUCCAAAGAGUGACAGAAUACAUUCUAGAUGAACAGAAAAAGGAAAAGCCAAGUCCAGGAAAGGACAAGAGUACAGCUGCGCCCAGCUCUGCCGCUCCUGCGACCAGGCCCGCCUCCCAGGGCCCCCCCUUGUCAAUAGUCAGACCUUCAUCCAACACCAACGGCCAAAGGACAGAAGAUGUUCCUGUUUCUAGUUCAAAUUCCUGUGAAAUAUGCCAUGAGGAAUUCAAAUCAAAAAAUAUGCGUGUGCUGAAAUGUGGGCAUAGGUUUCACAAAGGGUGCUUUAAGCAAUUGCUUAAAGGACAGAGUGCUUGCCCAGCCUGCCGUGGUGGUGAGCUCUUCUCAGAAGAGUAACCUGCGCUUCUGGAAAGGCCAGCCCAGCGAAAAUGGGCCGCCUCCUACCUGCUAUUCUAGGUCGUCUCACUUUCCUAAAGCGUCACCCACCAGCCUGUUGAAUUGGAAGGACAAUAUACCACCUGUGCUACAAAAAGCAAACCUUUGAAGACUCGCGUUGUGUGUCCCAAAGCCAAUAAGUGGAGAUCUUUAACAGUCGAUAUAAGUAAACUCCCCACUCUGAUUAGACACUUGAGUGACAAAUAGCCAAUAAAAUGAUGUGUGACCAUGUUCUGACAUUGUGGGGCUGCACAGGGUGGCUUGUGAGACCCUGAAAGCAGUCCCUGAAUCAUGAGAAUUCUUAAGCCAGUCCAGUUCCCCACGCUCCCCUUUGGUGUUUGAAAAAUUUGUUCUAGCAGCUUCGCAAGAGAGGAUAUUGACCAUUCAGAAUUUUUAAAAGUUUCGGUAUUCUUGAAAAUAUGUCUACAUUUUUCCUCAGAGAUUUUGACCAAAAGAUUCCAAUCUCUUCAUAAAACACUGUGUGCUUUUUUAAAUUUCCAUUUUCAUUAUUUUAUUCGCCCCAUAGACUGUUCAAGUGGUUAUUUUUCACCUUCUAAAAGUGUGACCUGAUUUUUGGAAAUCAAGUACAGACUACUUUCUUAUUAAUAUCAGCCAUGGCUUUUUUGCCCCUUCAGUCAAGGCCAUGUAUUCAUCAUGCUGACCCCACAUGGAAAGUGACCCUGAGAAACCGGCCGAUGUCAGUCGCGUUUGUCCUUCUGCGAAUCAGCUCAGCUGUGCUUACGGCGUAACAUCUAGCGCCAUGCUGAGCUCAGGCAGGCACUGCACACGGUGGCCACUCCCGCCGUCCUUCCUUAUCCCAGCACCAAGAGAGAAACUUGUGUACUAGGUAACCCUGAGGUUCUGUGUUACCGUCGUCCUGUGUUUGACCCUUGUGUAAAGUAAUGCAUGCAAUCUUGUACUGUGACCUGAGAACAAAACCCUAACUGCACUAGAAACUAUUAAAAUAUUAGAUAUCUUUCAGCAACGUAGAGAGAGUGGUAAGCAUAGAAACAUGGGUCCUGAUACAUUCCAUUUCUCUCAAACACGAAGGAUCAAAAAAUGUUUUUCAGUGUGUUCUUAUUCCACUGGGAAUUUCAAGUCACUAGCUUUUGAGUUGACUUGGUCGCUUUCUUAUCCCUUAGUUUGAUGUGAGUGUUGGUGUCUUUGUGAUUUAGUCCACAGAAGUUCACUGCUUAUUUUGAAACAUCUUCGGUGAUCUCUAAAACAUUGAGUGCUCGUAAUAAUCAGAGAGUUUUAGAUCUUCAAGUACAGAGGGGCCAGUUUGUAACACGGGUACAGAGGAGAGGAUGAACAGCUGUCAAGUGUGAGAGUGCGUUUUGUGUGUAACUUCAGAUACCUGUGAGUAGGCCUUAUAUUGUCCAGUAGCUGUCAGAAUAAAGAGCAUUCUAAAAUA